AGAAUUUGGGCGCCAGGAGAAAGAGGCAAAGAGAAGCCGAGCGGGUGUUUUGUGACAAAGACAAGAACAGGGCCAGGCACAGGUAAAGGAGGCAGCCAAGCGGGAUUGAAUCUGCAGACAAUAUGGAUUACAAGUCCAGCCUGAUUCAGGAUGGAAACCCAAUGGAGAACUUGGAGAAGCAGCUGAUCUGUCCCAUCUGCCUGGAGAUGUUUACCAAACCGGUGGUCAUCUUGCCGUGCCAGCAUAACCUCUGCCGGAAGUGUGCCAACGACAUCUUCCAGGCUGCAAAUCCCUACUGGACCAGCCGGGGCAGCUCAGUGUCCAUGUCUGGAGGCCGUUUCCGCUGCCCCUCCUGCCGCCACGAGGUGAUCAUGGACCGUCAUGGAGUGUACGGCCUGCAGAGGAAUCUGCUGGUGGAGAACAUCAUUGACAUCUACUGCCUCACCUGUGAGGUGCCCACCUGUUCCAUGUGCAAGGUGUUUGGGGCCCACAAAGCCUGUGAGGUGGCCCCACUGCAGAAUGUCUUCCAAGGACAAAAGACGGAACUAAGUAACUGCAUCUCCAUGCUGGUGGCAGGGAAUGACCGUGUGCAGACCAUCAUCACUCAGCUGGAGGAAUCUUGUAGAAUAACCAAGGAGAACAGUCACCAUGUGAAGGAAGAGUUAAGUCAGAAGUUUGAUGUGCUCUAUGCCAUACUGGAUGAGAAGAAGAGUGAGUUGCUGCAGCGGAUCACAGUGGAGCAGGAAGAGAAGCUCAACUUCAUAGAGGCCCUCAUCCAGCAGUACCGCGAGCAGCUCGACAAGUCCACCAAGCUGGUGGAGACAGCCAUUCAGUCCCUGGACGAGCCUGGUGGGGCCACCUUCCUCUUGAGUGCAAAGCAACUCAUCAAAAGCAUUGUAGAAGCUUCCAAGGGUUGCCAACUGGGGAAGACCGAGCAGGGCUUUGAGAGCAUGGACUACUUCACUCUAGAUUUAGAGUACAUAGCCGACACUCUGAGGGCAAUUGACUUCGGAACAGAUGAGGAAGAGGAAGAAGUCACUGAAGAAGAAGAGCAGGAUGAGGAAUCCACAGAGGGGAAAGAAGAAGGACACCAGUAAAGAGUGGAAUGAAUGCGAGACCCUCGAGAUGCAGAACCUGGGGAGGGUGGGGAUGGGCCCAGCUGCCUCGGUGAUAGGCCCAGGGUGGGAGGGGUUGGGGCCCUCAGAGGGGCAUCAGGGAGAUGUGUUUUCCCUCUGCUCAGAGAGCAGAGAUUAAGAGAAGGACCCCACCACUGGGUCCAGCAGCCAUUGAUCCAGAAUUGGAGAUGUGCUUGAAACA